GAAAUAAGCAAAAAAUUGUGGCAUUUCCAAUGACUAUAUUUUUCCCUCUUGUCACAGUAAAACUUUUUGCUAUAUAAUAUUGUCUUGUUAUUGAUUAUUUCCUCAUUCGUUAUAAAAAUUUAAAAAGUUCACCUCUUGAAUGGAAUUCAAAACAUGCUGCAACAUAGACUUUUAGUGUUUUAAAUGUAAAAAUAAAAAGAACAGUUGUGAAUGGCAACCAAAAUGACGCAAAAUAAUGGGAAUGCCUCGAGUAGUGGAGGUAGUGCGUCUUCGGUAUGCUUAACUCCUGCUGAGGAACAUUUGACGGUGGCUGUUCGUAUUCGCCCUUCGAGUGAACCCAGUGAUCACAAAUGCGUCCAUGUGACAUCAAAGAAAACCCUUCAGUUUGACGAUGGUAGCAAAACCAAGCCAAUGAAAUAUGUCUACGACCACGUCUUUGGUGAGGAUUCCACACAGGAGGAAGUUUACUUGAAAACUACCGCACCCCUUGUACGGGAUGUUCUCAGUGGACUAAAUGCCGCAGCAUUUGCAUACGGAGCCACUGGUUCGGGAAAAACACACACAAUGUUGGGUCCCAAUCCCAAAAAAGCCGCAACACCACAAACAGAGACCACCCCCAAGACAACUGUCGACCAACACAAUGAUGGACUCAUGGUGCGAGCUAUUGCGGAAAUAUUUGAAUUUGUUGAGAAAUCCGAAAAGCCUGAAGCAAUUCGGGUGUCCAUCUCUUAUUUGGAAAUCUACAAUGAACUCAUCAGGGACCUUUUGCAGCCAGGUGGGCCACUUGAAUUGCGAGAAGACAAUAGAGGUGCCAAGAUCACCGUGGCUGGAUUGUCUGAAGUCACAACGACACAGAGGCAUGAAGUAAUCUCCCUACUUUUGAAGGGAAAUAAAGCCCGCACAAUGGAACCAACUGCUUCCAAUCAGACCUCAUCGAGGAGUCAUGCCUUGUUGAGUGUAACAGUGACACAAUCCUCAGCUUUGGGAACUAAGCAAGGAAGGCUCUUCCUAACGGAUCUUGCGGGUUCGGAGAGGGCAAAGAAAACAAAGAAUCGCGGAAAACGUCUUCAGGAAGGUGCUCACAUCAAUAGGAGCCUCCUUGCUCUGGGAAAUUGCAUCAAUGCUCUCUCAGGGGGUGCCAGGUACGUCAACUACCGCGAUUCUAAAUUAACGAGACUCCUCAAGGAAGCCCUAAGUGGGCACUGUCGCACCAUUAUGAUUGCUCACGUUGCCCCCGAGAAUAGGCAUAGGGAUGAAACCAAAAAUACCCUCGUCUAUGCUAAUCGUGCGAACAACAUAACAACACGCAUGCAGAACCCCGAGCUUCUAAUGGAGGAAACACGUGAAUUCCCAACGACACACUAUCAGAAUUUAGUGACAGAGCUAAGGGAGGAGGUCAAUCGCUUGAAGACAAAAAUGCUAACUGAGAGACCUCGCAGUGGGGCUGCCCUAAAAAUUGAUCCAAAUGAUGAGAAGAGAAGGGCCGAAUUGCGCUUCCUGCGGGAACAAAUUGUUCUCACGUUUAAGCAACAGAUGAAGCUCCGGAGACGCCUCUUGGAAGCCGAAAGUCAUGUAAUGGGAUUGGAAUUGGAUGCUGAGAGGCAACAUAUGAUUAUCUCCCAUUGGCAGGGACGCAUGGGAAAACUCUAUGAUUCCCAAAAUGACAAUGAAUCCGAAUCUGAAGGGAGUACAGCCAUUCGGUCGGCAUGGAAUGAAUUGGCAGUAAUUGAGCGUGAGAUGAAACGCUACAAGGACAUUGUGCUGGCUACGGAGCAGGAUUUGGAGGCAUGCAGACAAAAGGGUGUUGCAUUGGAGGAUGAACUCCCAGAACGGAUUAGUAGUGAUGAGGAACGUGAGCUACUAGGGCUCCUGUGUCGUGUCCACGAGCUCGAAGCGGACAAGGUGUCACUCCAGGCUGAGCGAUUAGCACGGCAGAGUGAGCUGAGGCGGCGGGAUCUGCAACUCUUGCGAGCUGAGCGACAACGACGCCUCUGUGAGGACAUUAUAAGCACGCAGAGACGUCUUAUUGAAGAGGGGAAAUUGGAGCUUCCGCCGGAACUCAAGGACAUGUAUGCGCUCUAUCAGCAAGAAAUUCACGCAAGCACCUACACAGGGGGCUCAGCGGGUACCCCAUCCACAGCUGCGGGCUACGACAGGAAGCUACCACCGAUCUACAAGAGGCACACACCACCGAGCUCAAGUUCCGGCUCAGAUUGGUCCCCAACCCCACUAAACGGCAGCAGGAAUGUCGAAGCAACCGCAGAUGGACCUGAUGGACUCAUGGGACCUCCCGUUGGACCGAAACUACCCCUAAUUUCUGCACGUACUCGUACAUUGCGCGAAAACCGAAGUGGAGAUCAUCAGAGUACAUCGAGUGAGGAUUAAAGUGCCCCCAACCCUCCCGGAAUGAUUUACAUUUAGCACACAUAGCACAUAGGAAUAUCAGCGGGAAAUUCCAGAUGAAUUCAGCUUUGCGUGAUAAUUUCUAAUUUAAGCCCCCCGUGUUGUGGUGGUUUGUGUUUUUGCCAUGUCUUGCUGACACUUCACCACGGGAAUUGCUUUGGGUAUGUUUGCGCCAAAAAAUUCUCUCCGCCUCAUCAACUACCCCCAAUGCGAAGAAAGUUUCAUGAUGAGAAAGUAAGUGGGAAACAUCUGCGAUGGAAGCUAAAAUAAACAUCAAAAUAUCGAGUUGAGGCACCACACGUCCCUUCCCGUGAAGCCCCCGAGGGGGUAUUUGGGGGUGGGUCCGACAGAGAGUGGGCCCCGCAGGAAAAGCUAAUCAAUUGAUUAUUAAUUUAAUUGAGAAAGGGGCUACACUGUUGUGUGAAACAAUUGGUUAUAUCGCCACGAAAUGGACUCAUUAAGCCACGAGCAUGGGGUGCUGCACAUACCACGGGCCAACCUCAUAAACAUUGCGACAAAUGCUGAACUUGUGAAUGGAGAUAAUUUCCUCUCAGCUCCGUAUGAUGUCACAGAGCAGCGCACCAAGCCACGU